GUUGGAUGCAAAACAUCUUAAUAAAACAAAGUCAGUAUUUAAUACUGAUCAUGCUAGUAAUGUUGAAAAAAUGUUAACGUUAACAAAAUACUUUUAAAUCAUUGUUUCAAUGAUUCAGCUUUGAUGUUGAUUCGCUCGUGAGUAAACGUUGAAAUGACUGAUGCAGAAGAAUGUCUUUGACUUCACACUGCAGGAUCUGAGCCAUUUAAUGGCCUCUCACACAGAGCAGCAGACACCAUGAGCUCCAUUCACUGCAGAGCCACGACUCGAAACACACUUUCUGUUGUCUUUGUGACUUAGACCAGUUUGAUUUGUUUUUCAUUGGAGGACUAGAGCAGUGUGUGUGAAGAGGAACCACUCAUGCGACGACAGGAGAACUGAGAGACUAACUGAGAAUUCGGUUGCAUGAUGGCCUCACAGGGUUCUUUGCUGCUUCUUUGAACAGCGUUCUUUGCAGCUAAAGUCAUAUAUCUCAGUAUGGAAGUGCUCCGGACUGAAGCAGGGGAGAAGACAAGGAUGAGAAAACUCUGACAGACAGACGACAGAGGAAUCUAGCAUUCGCACAGUCUUUUUGACCAGAAUCACUGACUAAUUGUUUUUUACUGGAACGCUGAACGAUGCUUCUGCUGGCUGUUCUGUGCAUGUUGUACGUCUGGAGUCCAGCAACGCUGAUCGGUGGACAGGGAUCAUCAACGAAUAUCAUACCUCGGAAAAAAGUGCCAAAAAGUAGUAAUGGAGGACGUUUGUUUCGUGAGGAGGGUGUUUGGAACUACACCACUAUGCUUCUGAGGGAAGAUCUCAACAUGCUCAUCCUGGGUGCCAGGGAAGCCAUUUUUGCCCUCGAUCUAGAUGACAUUACAGUCAGGAAGGCCAUGGUGAAUUGGCCAGUCUCAGAAGAGAAGCAAAAAGGAUGUUCUAUUAAAGGAAAAGAUGCUACGAAUGACUGCAAAAAUUACAUCAGAAUUCUUCAUAAAAGGGACGAUGACAGAAUGUAUGUUUGUGGAACCAAUGCAUUCAACCCAACCUGUGACUAUAUGUCCUAUUUAAAUGGUGAGCUGAAAUUAGACAACAAGCAAGAAGAUGGGAAGGGGAAAUGUCCGUUUGAUCCUUUUCAACGAUACGCGUCUGAGAUGGUUGAUGGAGAGUUAUACUCCGCCACUUCACUGAACUUCUUGGGCUCAGAUCCAGUUAUGAUGCGCAGCACAGGCGAAAUCAUACGGACAGACUAUUGGUUCAAUGAACCAAAUUUUGUCCGCAUGGCCUACAUACCGGAGGGAAAAUCGAGCCCAGAGGGGGAUGACGACAAGAUCUAUCUGUUCUUCAGUGAGACCGCAGUGGAAUAUGAUUCAUUGUUCAAGGUGGAUGUCUCUCGGGUAGCUCGCGUCUGCAAGGGAGACAUGGGUGGGCUGAGGACGCUGCAAAAGAAGUGGACAUCAUUUCUAAAAGCGAGGCUUGACUGUCCCUUUCCAAACAUCAAGCUGCCUCUUCUGGUCCAGGACGUGUUCCAGUUGUGCCAAGAUGACUGGACCACCUGCACUUUUUAUGCUGUUUUUACUCUACAAUUAGACUCCUCUGAAUACUCUGCAGUAUGUGCAUACAAAAUUGAAGACAUCAAGACUGUGUUCUCAAAUAGCAAGUUUAAGACUCCUGUUACCGUCGCAACGUCAUUUGUGAAGUGGGUGAUGUACUCGGGCGAAGUACCUGACCCCCGACCUGGAGCAUGCAUUGAUAAUCAUGCCAGAGAUAAGAACAUCAACAAAUCUCUGGAUCUGCCAGACAAAACAUUGCAGUUUAUCAGAGACAAGCCUCUGAUGGACCAGCCCGUCAAAGCCAUUGGAGAGCGACCACUGCUGGUGAAGACAGGCAUUGCUUUCACUAGAAUUGUGGUGGCCACAGCGACUGCCUUGAACGGGAGCAGCCAUCAAGUCAUGUUCAUUGGCACAAAGAACGGUUCAGUGCUGAAAGCUGUGAAUUAUGAGGGAGAGAUGGUUAUUAUGGAAGAGAUUCAGCUAUUUGAGCCCUCACAGCCUGUCAAGAUACUGCGACUUUCCAACAGCAAGAAACAACUGUACGUGGGUUCGGAGGUGAGCGUGAUGCAGCUGUCCAUCAGUGAAUGUGGGCGGUACCACACGUGUCCAGACUGUGUUCUGGCCAGGGAUCCGUACUGUGGCUGGGACCUCAACGUGGGCCGCUGCUCUACCAUAAACAGCACACACAGAACAAGAACCAGCACCGUGAUUCAGAGUUUGAGUGACGGUGACGCUAGUCGAUGUCCACAAAUAGGUGGCAGUAAGCCAGUCAACAUCUGGUUUAUCCAUGACAAUACCGUGAAGCUGUGGUGCCAGCCUUAUUCCAACCUGGCACAGGUUCACUGGAAGGUGAACGGAAAACCGAUCAAACCGUCAGACACCUUCCAGAUCCUCUCCGACAGCCUGAUGAUCCUUAACGCCUCUGCAAAAGACAGCGGCUACUACACCUGCAGUUCUGUCGAGCGGAAACACGAGGUGCAGCACAUAGCAUAUGAUCUGCAAAUGUUGUCAGGACCUGGGACUGCAGAAUCACUCCAUGACGUUAAGGGAAAAAAGAACACCCUAGUGGCUAUGGUGGUGAUAUUGUCGCUAAUUCUAGCUACGUUAGUAAUUUGGAACCUGUACAAAGGGCAUUUACCUUUGCCGUGUUGCCACGGUAGGGUAAAAGACAUGGCCGACAGGAACGUAGAUGAGAGUUUGUCUGCAAGCCAGGCUCAACAACAUAAAGUAGCAUCACCAACCGUGAACUUGAACAGCAACAACAACUAUGCAAACAUCCAGAGGUCUUCCAUCUCUAGAGAGACAGACAGGCUCUCAACCACUGUUGGUUCCUCAGGUCAGAUCUCAUUGAGAUACAGAGAUGAUGAAUCAGAGAUUUGAGAUUGUUUUUAUGCACAGACUUGCUAAUGCAGCUAAUGUGUGGUCAUUUAAAUGCAGACCAAGCCCACGGGUGCUGGUUCCUCUUUUGCAGCUGUUAACUUUUGACUAAACUGCUGUUUUGAACUGCUUUGUGUUCUUGAUGAAUUGCCUUCAAUUCUAAAUGGCAACGUUCAACCAUCAUAUGCCAACAUGUCCAAUGGACAAAAACCAGACUUUUUAGUCUGUCCACAUUGCAGUCCGUUCAAAGUCAAAUCACUUGGUGGCCAUAUUUGUAACGCCACUAGGCAGCUAAUUCUACUGCUGUUCCUCACUAUUCACCAAAUCUUUUGCACAGCCGACUUUUUAUUUUCUUUCUUUUUCUAUUCAAACUAUAGCAGCAAAUACCCACACUUGCCACUUGAGAGCGGAUGUACGUGAUAAGAAAUAAGUGUGCAAGACUGUCUUAGGUCUAAAAAAUGCCACAUCUCAGUGUCCUUAACUCAAUAAAUCCAUCUCUAAUACUGCUUCAGAAUAUUUAAAGA